CCUCAUCAUGACUCUGUGUUGUGGGGGGAAGGCAGUGAAAUCGCUGCUGCUGUCUGAAAGAGAUGAUAGAGGAGCUGGAGGCGCUGUGAGGCAGCCCUUCUCUCCCCGCUUGCCUUCCUCAAGUGUUGGGGGAGUCUGAGAGCUGUUACCGACCUGGAUUUGUGACUCCGCGACAAGAAAGGGAAAGCUUUCUAUAAAGCGGUAUACAUAACAGCUGCAUUCAGCACGUCCUGCAGUACGCACAUGUGGAGAGGACACAAAAUAAACAAACUCCUUCAACACUAACAGUGGGAAAAUAAACAACUUUUUGGUUUCGCAAUACCGAAGUGCCGAGAUGAAGUCUGCAGGGGUCGGAAAUGGUGGCAUCUUUACAGACAGUUACUGCAACAUCUGCAAUGCACAGCUGAUCUCCGAAUCCCAGAGGGUCGCACACUACGAGAGUAAGAAACAUGCCAACAAGGUUCGGCUUUUCUACAUGCUGCACCCAGAGGAUGGAGGACCUCCCUCCAAGAGACUGCGCCCUGACAACCCGGAAAGUGAUGCGAGUGAAGUGGACAGGAACAAGUGCUGCACGCUCUGCAACAUGUUCUUCACAUCAGCUAUUGUGGCCCAGUCCCAUUACCAGGGCAAGACUCACGCCAAGAGGGUGCGGCUGGUCCUGGGGGAGCCUCCAAGCACGCCCACCACUGUCAGCAGUCCAGACUCCACCUCCAUCGCAUCACAGCCUGCUGACCAGCCCCCACCCCUUGACUGGCCCCCAGCCAAUGACAGCGAGGCAGGGAAGUUCUGCUGCCUGUGUGGCGCCUGGUUCAACAACCCGCUGAUGGCACAACAGCACUACGAGGGCAAGAAACACAAGAGGAACGCAGCCCGGGCACGACUGCUGGAACAGCUAGCAGGCAGCCUGGGAGCAACAGAAACCACAGCGCUGAGAAGCAGAUACUCGUGUGCCAUGUGCAACAUGAUCCUGAACUCCAUCGAACAGUACCACGCACACCUUCAGGGAUCCAAACACCAGAACAAAUACAGGUCAGGCAGCGAUUGGGUAAACCAUGCGACCGGGCUGAUUGCAGGGAGGAGUUUGGUGGUACAAAGGGGAUACAGUUGCCUUGAAGCAGCAGCAGUGAGGUCCUGCAGCCCCACAUCUGUGGAACCAGGCAUCUCGGAGGGGAGAAGACAGCAUCUCUAUUUGGAAACGCUCGGGGAAGAAGGAUUCCUGUGCUCUUGGAAGAACAGCCAGCGCCACUUGUGGUCAGCCAUUUCCACUGAAAGUCCUGGCUGAGCUUGGUGUGUGAUGGUACAUACUACUACGCUGUCACAGACUGUACCAAGCCUUACCCUGUCUGACUUUUGCUCUGAUAUGAAAUUUUUGAUUUUGUUGGUUGUUAGAAACUGAGAUUUGUCAACAACAAAAAAAUCAUUACAGCAUCAACGGUCUGGGGUUUUUGCACAGGACUGCAAUCAAAAAGUCAUCGAAACAGACAAGGCUACUGAAUAUUAACUGCAUUCAUAAAGUCUGACCUAGUUCAGCGUUAUAAAGAGUAUGACUUCAGUUCAAUAAUGUAAUCUAGGUCAUUUCAAAAUAUGUGUAUCUGGCCCUGUUCAGUUUUAGUAGGAGAUUAAGGAAUGUAUUCUAGGGCAUUCAUUUGCCAAAGUGCAUUGCAGUGUAUUUAUUCUCAGAUCUUUCUUUAUCUAUCUAUCUAUCUAUCUAUCUAUCUAUCUAUCUAUCUAUCUAUCUAUCUAUCUCUCUGUGUGUGUGUGUGUGUGUGUGUGUGUGUGUGUGUGUGUGUGUGUGUGUGUGUGUGUGUGUGUGUGUGUGUGUGUGUGUGUGUGUGUGUGUCCUGGGACUCCUGCAAUGAGUGGGUGUUUUAAACAGCUGAAAAACAGGCUGUUUGGUACUGAAAGUUUGAGAAAGUUUGAAAGUUUUUCAGAUUUAUAAUGUCUGCAAAGGUCUGGGUUGAAGACAACUUUGGCACAUUCUAUAUAUUCCGCUAGAUGAAGAUCAUUUGUAAUCCCCUGCCCCAAAAGAUCAAAUUAAUGAGCUCAGAUUCUUCUGGGCGCAGGGUAGAGAAAGGUAUUUCUUUCUGUAAAAGGAUGCCACCACUGUUAGUCUGUCUAUUUAUUUAUUUAUGUAUUUAUUUAUUUAUUCAUUUGUGUAUUUGUUUAUUUGCUAAUUUAGUACGUACAUCAUAUGUAAAUCGAUCUUUGCAUGCAAUACUGUUUUCAGAGAUACACUGUCCUAAUUUUAAAAAAGAAAACUCCAUGAAAAUUCCACAGAAAUAUUCACAAAGACAGGUAAACAAUCAGGCCUUUGAGAUUUUGAAAAUAGUCAUACUGUGCAGGUUUAGCUAGCUUUGGACUGAUUUCCCUGAUUAGGAGCUGGCUGUGUAUGUGAUGAAACAGGCUGUCUCCCAAACAUUUCUCUUUCUGUAAUGCUGGGUACUGGAUUAUUCAGUGUGAAGAGGAGCCAGUGAUUCUCUACCUAUCUACAGAGAGAUGUGACCUUGCAAGCAGCAGACACUCUGUGGGCGGGCGUCAGCAGCGAGGGUGUUUACAGGGCGAGACAAUGCUUAUUAGUGUGUUUAUCCCACAUUGAAACAAUAAUGUGAGCAGCUGGAAUCUGCUUUUUUCUGUAAAAUAUAUUUGUCUUUAAUAAAUGUACGUUUCAGGGCA